ACGGUGAUGUUGGCGGCACUGCCGGCCACCGCGAGGUCGUAAUGGCGAUUUCUAGCGCGUUGUCCGGUCCGCCGUGAGUGAGUGAAUAAUGCACCACGAAGCAGCGCCUCGUUUUUCGGCUGUACGGUGCGACAAUCGAGCGAUCGGACGGUACGUGCACGCUACGUUUUAACGGCGUAACUUUGACGGAACCGCCGACGAUCGAGCGUCCCUCGCGAGGAUGGACCAGGCACCCGCAGACACAGAAUUACGGAACAUCAUAGACAAACUGGCGCAGUUUGUUGCUCGCAAUGGGCCAGAAUUCGAGCAGAUGACAAAAAACAAGCAGAAGGACAACCCGAAGUUCGGUUUCCUGUUUGGGGGGGAGCACUUCAACUACUAUCAGUACAAAGUGACUACAGAGCAAGCCAUUUUAAAGCAAAAAGGAAUAAAUCCAAUGCAAAAUGCAGACCCACGUUUAAACGUUUCGCAGCAGCAGCAAACAGCCGCAAACGCCGUCUCGCAGCCACUGAAUAACGUCAAUCUUGCGUCCGGUCUGAGUACGCAAAACAAUGGAAUAAAUCCGGUAGUCGGGAUUGGACCCCAGGUCGGAAGCCAGGGCGGUCCCGUUUUGCCUGGGCAGAUCGGAGGACCGGGAAAUGCAGGACCGCCGAUUGGACCGGUUUCCGGCGCCAUGGGAGGUGUGAAUCCGCCGAUCGCCGGUGUCGCGCAAGCGGUUAACAUCGCGGGCCCGCCCGCGUGGCUGCAGAAUGAGUUGGCGAAUCUACAGUCGCAGCAGACGACGUUGCAGGAGCAAGUGAGACAGUCUGAACAGAACCUGGCUGCGCAGCAUGCUGCGUUAAUGGCACAACAGCAGGGAAGGGUAGAGGAUGCUGUGAGGCAGGCACAGGAACAGGCUCUGCAAAAUAGCGCGCAAAACACAAACACAGACUUGGCUGCAUUUGACACGGUCCUACAACCGAUCAUCGAUAGCUGCACGAAGGAUAGCAUAAGCGCAGGAAAGGCCUGGAUACUUCAGCAUUCGCUUACGUCGCAGAGUAAUCAAGUUGUCGCAGAUCAUUUGCUGAAAAGAGUAAUUCAGGGGACAACCUUCAGCCAUAAGUUACAUAUUAUUUAUCUGGUGAAUGACGUAUUACAUCAUUGUGCGAGAAAAAAGUCUAUGGAUCUUCGCAAAGCAAUGGAAAGUGUUGUUGUCCCCAUGUUCUGUAACACUUCACUAGCAGCAUCGGAAGAGCAGCUCAAUAAGUUAAAUAAACUGUUGAGUUUGUGGGAAUCAAAGAAUAAUUACUUUGACGAGGGCAUCAUAGAUAAGUUGAAACAACCGAGCACAUCCUGGUCAGAAUACCAGGCUAAUUUGGUAGCGCAAUACGCCACGGCGAUUACUCCUAUUACAGCAUCGACCAAACAGACAUUCGAUAAUUAUCAAGCGCAGCAUCAAGCAUUUGUUACUCACGCACUCAGACAGAUCCAGAAUAUCGAACAGCAAAAGAUGGCGAUAGAUCAGCAAUUGAAAGCUCCGCCACCGCCGCCGCCGCCACCGCCUCAAAUGAGUCAACAAAGUAUAUCAAUACCGCCUAGUCAUUCAGGUCCUCCAAACACGAUGGGUACAGAUGUGAAUUUCAGUCAACCACCACCAGGAUGGGGUGUCCCACCUUCGAACGAACCGCCGCCGUUUAGCAACGUUCCUCUGCCUGACUUCUCAAAACCACCGCCGGGUUUUGGACCACCUCCUGUUAUUCACGAGCCCUCUGUUGAGGAUUUAAUGCCUAGUAUGCCUUAUUUCGAGCUUCCAGCUGGUUUGAUGGUACCCCUAAUAAAGCUGGAAGAUGGUGAAUACAAGCCGUUGGACCCAGAUGCGAUAAGACUUCCACCCCCAGCUCCGCCGAGUGACCGUUUAGUUGCAGCUGUAGAAGCAUUUUAUGCACCACCAAAUCAUGAUUCUCCUAGAGAUAGUGAUGGAUGGGAAAAAUUAGGAUUAUAUGAAUACUACAAGGCGAAAAAUGCCGCCCGCAAGCGUAAAGAAGAGGAUAUAACCGCUGGCAUUAGGCAGAGAUCGAAAUCUCCAUCGCCAAUUUUACGACCGAGAUCUAAGAGCCCUAGUCCUCCAAAGAAACGCUACCGGAGUAAGUCACGCAGCAGAUCACGUUCCCGGUCGCGAGGCAGAAGUAGAUCGAGAUCGCCCGCGACCAAUCACAGACGCAACAGUCGCAACAGCAAUCACGUUAAUCGAAGCCGAAGGAGAAGAAAUAGUAAUAAAGAACGCAGUCCCGAUAGGAGAAUGGAUAGGCAGGAUAGAAGUCCAACUCCUCCCAGUUUUCUUGGUUCCACUUAUAGCAAAGCACCGCAAGAGAUUAGCCUGGACGAGAGUAAUAAAGGGCAUCAAUUGCUCAAGAAAAUGGGCUGGAGCGGUGCUGGUCUCGGAGCCAACGAGCAAGGCAUUGAGGCGCCAAUUUCAGGAGGCGAGAUUCGGGAUAAGAACGAUCAAUACAAAGGAGUCGGUAUCAAUCUGAACGAUCCGUACGAGACCUUCCGAAAAAACAAAGGCCAAGCGUUCAUCACCAGAAUGAAGGCUAGGGCGGAGGAACGAGCUGAGGAGAGAGGGGAACGUGAUUGAACACCAUUAAUAGAUUGCCGAAUGUUUACGAUACUUUGUGAAUGGGACGAGUAUCUGGCACGAGAUAUCAUCAGGAACGAUAUCUCGUUCUACAUUAGGAAUCUAUUCACAGUUCUAAAAAAAAAGGUAUGCUAUCGCCUAUGAGGGUUGAUUUUAAAGAUCAACGUACUUUUUUGACUUUGAAACAGUUGUCUUUCAAUUCUGAAUAUACACAUAUACACACGUCGUCGAUUUUAGACUAUUGCAGGUGAACGCUGAUUAUUUUACAUUGAAAUCGCACUGAUUGUUUUUUUAUCAGGAGCUAUCUUAAUCACAUUCUUACAAUUAAGCGACGAUUAAUUAAUAUUGUGUGAGAUUAAAUUGUACAUUUUUAAGUAAAAUUAUAAACAUGAUUAGCAUUUGUUUCAAGUUUAAUGUAUGAGCUAAAAAAAAAAUGAAGCAAAUACUAAAUCUUGUUACAAGUUCGAAUGAAAGAUUAAUCGGAUUUAUAAUUGCAUAAUCUUAUAUUGGAAGUAUUUAAAACAAUUUACAAAAGCGCGCAAUCAACGUGCUGCCGGCAGAAAAAUCUUCCUAUUUAAUAUAUUAAUUAUAUUCCACACAUGAUAGUGAUUAAAUUUUUUCCAUUGAUCAUCCAUUAUUGAGAUGAUAGGGACGAUACGCGACUCAUAGCAUGUAUAGAAGUACAAUUCGUUUUGUGCCGUAAAAUAACAUGGGCGUAAGAUACGCGUGAGAAGUAAGAAUAUUUGUAUUUAGUAAGUUAACAAAUGAUUAUAUUGGAUACACACUGAACGAUAGCUCAAGAAUAAAAACUGUACAUUUAUUACGAAA